AUGACCAUUGUUUCAUCAUCACAAGCAACAACAGGGAAUCCAGGGGCGAUAUCAGUGAUGACCGUAGCAAGAGAAAAAGCAGGCAUACGAGGGAUGUGGUCGGAUCUCAUUCGAAAGGAUAAAGAUGGGGACUUGAAUGGGAUUCAAACCUAUGUUUUCUGGAAUGGGCAUGAGCCUGUCCAAGGCCAGUAUUAUUUUGAGGACAUGUAUGACUUGGUUAAGUUUAUCAAGUUAGUACAGAAGGAUGGCCUAUAUGUCAAUCUGCGCAUUGGCCCUUAUGUUUGUGCUGAAUGGAAUUUUGGUGUUGAGAAUGAAUUUAGGCAUCUAGAACGGGAUCAUGAGGCUCCAGCAAAGGCUUAUGCAGGUUGGGCAGCGAAAAUGAAACUUGACCUUGACACUGGGAUUCAAUGGAUUAUGUGCAAAGAAGAUGAUGCACCUGAUCCUAUUAUUAACACGUGGAAUGGAUUUUAUGUCGAUGAUUUCUCUCCAAACAAUCCAUAUAAACCAUCUAUGUGGACUGAAGUCUGGACUGCAUGGUUUACAGGGUUUGGAGGUCCAGUUCAUUAUCAACACGUUGAAGAUGUGGCCUUUCCUAUUGCACAGUUUAUACAGAAAGGUGGAUCUUAUUUCAACUACUAUAUGUACCAUGGUGGAACGAAUUUUGGCAAGACAGCUGGUGGUCCAUUCAUAGCUACAAACUAUGAUUAUGAUGCUCCAAUUGAUGAAUAUGGUGUUUCUGAAGAAACUAUAAGAUAAUUUACUGCCCCAUCAAUCAUAUUCAUUGAUGAGAUAGAUGCAAUUGCUUCCAAGCGAGAAAACCUGCAAAGGGAGAUGGAACAACAGAUAAUAACACAACAUAUGACUUGCAUGGAUGAUCACAUUGCACUCAGUCUUCUGAUGAUUCCCAAAAACAUCUGAGAAUUGUAUUUGAUUGAUCAAUCAUCUUGUAGAUACAACCACUCUACUAUCGCAUAAUUGAUCCUUAAAUAUAAAUGUAUUAAUCAAACAUUUUUAAUUUUUAGCCUAUGUUCAUAUA